GUAACCGCCCACAAAGUUGGCCAGCCAGGUGACAGGAGAGCCAGCCGGGAAACAGCACGGACCACGUCCUGCCUGCGUUAAGAAGUCGACUACGUAACGAUUCACAACCAAAUCAAAGUCGACUAGGCAAAACCACCUGCUUAAAUCCUGCGUUUAUUGCCUGCUUUCACGUGUUCGCAAUCUGACAGUCUCUUUUCCGUUAGCAGUUGCGACGUAACCAGCUAGCAUUUCGAGGACACCCAUAACAUAACGCUAGCCUCUGACGUUAGAGAAAGCUCAACGGUUGGUUGUUGUAUUUCUGUCCGGGCAAAGAUAGAUAAGCCAGCGGCGAGAUGUCCGAACCUGUCGGAGAAGCGAAGCUGGAGGUGAAGCAAGCGAGCAAAGAGGUGAAGGAGAGCGAGAACGUAGCGGAAAAAUAUUCAGCCAUGACUGUGAGCAAAAACAGCGAAAUAACCAUGGGAGAGCUGUCGACUGUCUUCAGCGCUGUGCCCACUCACAAACCGGUUAAAAAGCAAAUCCAGUUUGUGGAGGACAAGCAGGAGUUCAGCAGGUUCCCCACCAAGGCAGGCCGUCGCUCCCUGUCCCGCUCCAUCUCCCAGUCCUCCACAGACAGCUACAGCUCUGCUGCAUCAUAUACGGAUAGCUCUGAUGAUGAGACCUCGCCACGGGACAAAACUCAGGUCAACAGCAAGGGCAGCAGUGACUUCUGUGUCAAGAACAUCAAGCAGGCUGAAUUUGGCAGGCGGGAGAUUGAGAUCGCAGAGCAAGAUAUGUCGGCACUGAUCUCACUCAGGAAGAGAGCACAGAGUGAGAAACCGUUGGCAGGUGCCAAGAUUGUGGGCUGCACUCACAUCACUGCCCAGACUGCAGUGCUGAUUGAGACUCUGGUUGCUCUCGGAGCUCAGUGCCGCUGGACCGCAUGCAACAUAUACUCCACACAGAAUGAAGUGGCUGCUGCCCUGUCGGAGACAGGUGUGGCUGUGUUUGCCUGGAAGGGGGAGUCUGAAGAUGACUUCUGGUGGUGUAUUGACCGCUGUAUCAACACUGAGGGCUGGCAACCUAAUAUGAUCCUGGAUGAUGGGGGAGACUUGACACACUGGAUGUACAAGAAAUACCCCAACGUAUUCAAGAAGAUCAGGGGCAUUGUAGAGGAGAGUGUCACUGGGGUUCACAGGUUGUAUCAGCUGUCUAAAGCUGGAAAACUGUGUGUGCCGGCAAUGAAUGUAAACGACUCUGUGACAAAGCAGAAGUUUGAUAACCUGUACUGCUGCAGAGAGUCCAUCUUGGAUGGUUUGAAGAGAACGACAGAUGUCAUGUUUGGAGGCAAACAGGUGGUCGUAUGUGGUUACGGCGAGGUUGGAAAAGGUUGUUGUGCUGCUCUGAAAGCAUUGGGAGCCAUUGUCUAUGUGACAGAGAUUGAUCCCAUCUGUGCCCUGCAGGCCUGCAUGGACGGAUUCCGAGUGGUCAAGCUUAAUGAAGUCAUUCGCCAAGUAGACGUCAUCAUCACAUGCACUGGAAAUAAGAACGUGGUGACCAGGGACCAGCUGGACAGAAUGAAAAAUGGAUGCAUUGUCUGCAACAUGGGACACUCCAACACUGAGAUUGAUGUGGCAAGUCUGCGGACCCCCGAGCUGACCUGGGAGAGAGUCCGCUCUCAGGUGGAUCAUGUCAUCUGGCCUGAUGGCAAGAGAAUUAUCCUCCUGGCUGAGGGACGUCUCCUGAACCUCAGCUGUUCCACUGUCCCUACCUUUGUGUUGUCCAUCACAGCCACCACUCAGGCUCUGGCACUCAUCGAGCUCUACAACGCUCCAGAGGGACGGUACAAGCAAGAUGUUUACUUGCUUCCCAAAAAGAUGGAUGAAUAUGUUGCGAGUCUGCAUCUGGCCACGUUUGAUGCCCACCUGACAGAGCUUAGUGACGAGCAGGCAAAAUACCUGGGUCUGAAUAAGAAUGGCCCUUUUAAACCCAAUUACUACAGGUAUUAGUCUGUCUCACCUGAGAACAACAGCAUGUGGACGGUUCCUGAUUAGUACCCGAUUUCCAGGCAAAAUAAUGAUUUGUGUAUUGUAUUUUUUACCCUUCAUGGGAUGCAUAGCUCAUUUACUUGUAUUUUAGUGACUGUAGAAAGUUUUGCUGCUUUACCAAUGGCACCCAAGCUGGCUAUGAAAAGUGAAGUGUAAGCACUCUGCUUAUGUGAGAUAACACAUGCAAAAAAAAGGAAAAUAUAUGAUUUUUUUUUUAUUGCAUGUGUUUCCAUUCUGAAAGCUGUUGAGUAUAUCAGCAUAUUGUGCCAAAUGACUGUGAGAGGAGGGUUGUGGUUGUUCAGAAAUAUUAGUUGUUAAACAUGUUAAACCCACACGGAGCACUAUUUUUGUAUAAUCAUUCACUCCAUGUACUGCAAAACAGUCACUUAAAAUGCCAAACCCAGGAAUCUCAGGAGCUUACUGUGCUUUUUAUGCACUUUUAGCUCCUUGUUUUGGCAUUCUCAUCAAUAUUGUGCUUAAAACUGUUUGCAGUCUUUUCCUUAAAAAACAGAUAAGCCAACAAUUGCAAAAAAAAUGUGACAUGAUUUAAACUCCUGGUUGUUUUUUUUUUUUUUCUAUCUCAGGAGUAGGUGGACCAAAUCGGAGUUGAAAGGCCAGUCGAUAUGAGACUUAUUGUUACUUUUAAACUAGCCAGUGAUUUGGCAUUAAUCAGAUGUCAAAUCAGUUUUUCCUGUGUAUCUGCUGAGUAGGCAAUCGUUUGCUUACAGAUGAGCCAUAAUAACCUGAUGAGCUGACUGUAAAUCAAAGUUUUGUUCCUCUGAGUAUUUUUACUGUCCAGCGGUCAGAAAUUGCUCUGUGCUGCUUUAAACGUUUCUUCCUGCUUUGAUAUUAAAGCACUUAAUCACCUUAUACAUUCCAUACACAAGAUACACUCCUGUUGUAGUAUCCUCACAAUUAGUGCUAACCUUCACUGGGCCUAACAGAAACAUAAGCGCUUGUUGAGCAGAGCAAAUGUAAGAGCUUGUCAUAUUUUUUUCUUGAAAAAGAACUUGUCCAUUUAUGAGGUUUUGGUGUCUGGUGAGAGUUAUAUCUGUACCUCAGGGCAUUCAAAUAUCUCUAAUUAUUUGUAAAUAUAUGUCAAUGCAUCUGCACUAUCUAAUCUUAGUAUUCAUGCGUAAUCUGUUGGUUUUGAAUUGAAUAUUUACAGCAUGUCUGUAAAUUGGAGGGAUAUAAUCGUGUCUGUGAUCCGUGUCAUUUGUCAGGUUUAGCUGUUCAGAGUAAAUUGAAUUUGGCGGUUAUGUUACAUACAGCACAUUUAUACUGUACAUACAGCAGCCUCUGAUGAGCUGCUCUCGUAAUGCCGUGUCUUGUUAGAUUUGUCUCAGGACUCUGUUAAAGAAUGCUAACAACAGAAAAGUAACUGUCGUUUCCUAAAUGCUCUGGGACUAGACAUGGAUGAGCUUUGUUGUAUUAGCUUUACCUCCUAUUAUCUUGUGGUAUUACAGUUAUUUUAAUCCAACACAGUAUGUGUGUUUCCAGAAGAUUAUGAUCAUUUUAAAGGCUUACGCACUGUGAGGCGUAAAUGUUUGUGAGGCUUGUUAAAUGCAAAUUCACAUUUUACUCUGUUAUAUUCACAUGUGAUAUUUUUUUAAACAGUGGGCACUUUGGAUGACUGAGUUGAGUGACUCAUUUUAUGUCUAAACUAGGUAUUACACAGAUAGUUGUAUCUUGUUGAACUUGCAGCUCUUCAACACAUUUCAUUGUGCUGUACGAGAGGAUGGUCACUAGUCAUUAAUUCUUUACAGUUGACAUCACUGCUGUUCCUCUCAAGUGUUUGACACCUUGUUACCAUUUUAAAGUAACGCUCCACAUGACUGAGGAUCCUGUUUCAUCACCGCACUAAGCAUAAACCUGAAUUUAUAGAAACUGCGUAUUUCAUUUGUGCAGUAAUUUUCAAUUUUAAAUGAGCAGGCUGCCCCCACCUCCCAGUUACUCCUGUUGUUUAUUGAAUAGUAGCCUACAGUGUGCUACUGCAAAGUGCUUUUCAUCUUUGCACUAACAGCUUUAAGGGCAUUACAGCCAAGGAGGACAUCAUUUUCAGUAAAAGGAGUGCUGCAACCAUGGUUACUGAUCAGUUGACAGUGCCUUGUAACUCACUCAGUAAUUUAUAUUCACAUGGACCAUCUGUGCGUUUUCCUUUUUAUCCAUGUUAUUGCCCAUCACAGUUAUUACCCUGCAAUAUACAGUUAUAGCUAUGCAGCAAAGAAUCCUCAGCCUUUCUUCUGGAAAAGUCAGUGUUUCACAAAUUCCAUAAAAAGUUAUGCUAAUAAUUACUGUAAACAGUUUGAAUAAGCAGCAUUUUACAUUCUGAUAUUUACCUUUUACAUUUAUUGUGAUGGGUUUUUUUAAUCUUCUCUAUGUUCUUGUAAUAAUGGUACAUUUACUUUCAUAAUGGCACUCGGAAAAUGCUUCGCUUUAUAACUAAUAGUGACAGUCACUUUAACCUAGUUGUUCCUCUGUUAUAGAGACAAAUGAAUGUUAUAUUACUGGCACAAACAGCUUGACUUUUGUUAAAUUGAAGUUAAUCAGCAUACCACUGUGAUUUGGAAGCUGUACAUUGUUAUAUUUGAAUACAAGGUUGUCUACAUUAUAUAGUACCUAUAAUGUUUGCUUAUUUUUCAACUUUGUUUCUAGUUUGUUUCAUAAUGUCAACUGAAUACAGCUUGUUAAAUUUCUCUUCACUUUCUCCUUUAAUAAACUCCAGUUUAAAUUUGAAAA